AGUGUGGUCCAAUAGGAUGCAGCGGUCAGAGACACGUUGUAUAGUUCCUUCAACAGACAUGUCAGCCUCCAGUUCAUACACAGAGUGAUUUUAAAUUACUGACCUAAACUCCACGAUGGUUUUUGUUGACUCACAUCCCUCCUACACUGGGACCAUCCUCCGUGUUAGAGGGCCGCUGGAGCUCAAAUGUCGGUUGGACAGCACAGAGGUGUCACAGAUACAGAAGGUGAUCUCAGGAACAUUUGAGACCCUCCGCUCUCAGGUGAAAUCUGAAUCCUGUGUUCUCACAGUCUGUGACAGUCCUGUUGUUAUUUGGCCAAACAAAGGUGUUAAAGCAACACCCGACGAAAUAACUCCAGACACACUGUGUGAAGAGAUACAUCAGUGGAUACAGACAGAUGAACAGGAGAGCUUUGGCAAGAAAUCUGGGAAAAAGAAAAGCAAAAAAGGUUCAGCAGUGAGUGUCAUAAACCUUCGCCUGAUGAUGGAGGUGUCAAGGCCCGGCCCACUCCCAGCUCCUAUCCUCAGCAAAACAGUCCAGAAAUCCCACUUCCUGUCUACAACUCUUCCCAUGGACUGUGUUGUCGAAACCAGCUGCAACAGCACAAUCAAAGAUGCCUGUGAGCGCCUGGUGGAGGCGCUAGCUCAUCAGCUGUGUGAGAUGGAGAAAGUGACCUUGCAGCACAUGAAAGGGACUUCACUGCUGGUCCCUGAGCCGUUCCACUUUCUGCUUCCAGAGCCAGCAGGACUAGUGACCGUGGUUUACCCAGCAGGAGUGCCUGACAGCCAACUAGAGACGCAGCGUAAGGAGUUGCAUCAACAGUUUGAGCUACCAGAUGACAGGCCUUAUUUUAGAAGAGCCAAUGCAUACCACUUUCCCAAUGAGCCCUACAGAGACGGUUAUCUCCGAAACCCUCAUCUGGUCCUCACACAUCCCACCCUGGACGAUGGCAAGGUGUACUUGGUCCAAGGGAUCUACAGCUAUCACCACUACAUGCAGGACCGUAUGGAUGACAAUGGCUGGGGCUGCGCUUAUCGCUCCCUGCAGACCAUCUGCUCCUGGUUCCAGCAACAAGGCUACGUAGAGCGGCCUGUGCCCACUCACAGAGAGAUCCAGCAGGCUUUAGUGGACGUUGGAGACAAGCAGCCAUCGUUUGUGGGAUCACGCCAGUGGAUCGGAUCCAUUGAGGUUCAGGCUGUUCUGAACCAGCUGCUUGGGGUCACGUCCAAGAUCAUGUUUGUGAGUCAGGGGUCUGAGCUGGCGUCUAAAGGCAGAGAACUGGCCAACCACUUCCUUACUGAGGGAACUCCUGUCAUGAUUGGAGGGGGAGUUUUAGCUCAUACUAUUCUGGGUGUAGCGUGGAGUGAGACCACCGGGCAGAUCCGCUAUCUCAUACUAGAUCCACAUUACACAGGAGCAGAGGACCUGCAGGUUAUCACAGACAAGGGCUGGUGUGGCUGGAAAGGACCAGAUUUUUGGGAUCAGACUGCGUAUUAUAAUCUCUGUCUGCCUCAGAGGCCAAAGAUGACCUGAGCUCUCACAGCCUCUCAGAUGGAGAGGAUGAAUAACUGUUAGUUUUAUAAGGAAUCUGUCCAAUGUUUCAAAUUUGAAGAAUUUCUGGAAUGAAGUUUAAGUCUUGUAAUUUACCCUUGCAGUUCUGGUUAAGCCCUACAUAAAUUGUUGUCAUGGCAACAAAAGCACAGCUAUUUACAGAUGUAAUUUGUUAAUAUUGGCUGGUAAAUGUAUAUGUAUACAGGCUCAUUUUAUUUAGGAGAGAAAUACAGUACAUCAAGGAACCCACCAUGACUGAUGCCAAAAUAUGGUCUUUACUCCCAUCGCCCCAACACAUAUUCUACUGUACUAUAUGGCUGAUUUUACAAAUGAUUAAACUGUACAGUGUAUCUUAUUGUUUCUCAUUUUUUCUUUGUUUUUUUUUUUCAAAUGUUUUAACAUUGCAGUCUAAAGCUGAAACAGUUAAUUAUUAGAUCAGUCAGUUCAACAGAAAAUGAUAUUUUUUACGAAUUCAUUCUUUUCAAGCAAAAAUGCCAAAUAUUCACUGAUUUCUGCUUUUCAAAAUAUGAAGGAUUGUAUAACUUUCUUUGCCAUUUAUGGUGGUAAAUUUAAUGUGUGUUGAUCUGAUAAAACAAGAAAGCUACAAAAUCA